AUGGCGACCCGGUGCGCGUCCGUGCAGUGUCGCUUCCCCUUUGUGGCUGUGUCCACCUGCAACCUAAGAGCCAGGAAUUUUUACGAAAUAGUUGGUGCUGAGCCAGAGCUCGUCUUACAGGAGUCGCUGGCGCGCCUUCCAGCUCUGACAUCCGGGUUGUCCAUCCAGGUCGAGGUGGCCAUAGCCAACAACUUUCAAAUUGGGCUGCGGAGGGUGGGUGUUGUCGUUGCUCGAUUGGAGGACCUCUCAGGCAAUGACGUGUUGGCUGUCAAGCUUCCUGGUCACGCCGGAGUGCUCGGUGACCACGAGGUCCGCGUGGAGCUCCUUCCGGCCGCAGACCUGGCCGAAAGCAUAAAGGAGCAUGAGGCGAGGCUUUGUGCAGAAGCUCAGCGCCAAGCGAAGAUUCAGCAAAUGCUGGAAGAGAAGCAUGCUCGACUCAAUGUCCGUCGAGCGGAUAUUGCGCACAGUUGUCAUUUAGACAAGGCAUGUGAACUCAACUCCACAGUUGAGCUUUCCUUCCGGUUUCCAAACGGAAGGCAGCUGCGACACCGAUGCCCCAUCGACAGAACUGUGUCAGACUUGAAGCGUCGCCUCUUCGGCUUGCUUGGAGACUCUGAUUUGUGGAAGCCGGGUGUGGACGACGCAGCAGCUUUGGAAUUGACGAUGUUUCCACGGAGAGUGCUCUGCGAUGCAGAUAUGGUGUCGCAGAUAGGCGACCGGGCAGUCGUUCAUGUUACAGAGAGCCUUGAGGCAGUGCAAGCGGCAGGGCACUCUAAAGCGAUAUUGGAUUCUGUUGUGUACCCAGCGGGAUUGGAAGAAGCAAUUACAUCUUCAACGCAUGAUUGUGGCCUGAAAAAGGUCGUAGCUGUCGAUCAAAGCACGUACACCCCGGACCGUUCUGCACGAAUAUCGCCGGUCCGCGAAGAGGGCUUGGAGACCCUGCCCUUUGCAGAGCUUCGCAGACUGGCAUUGACUUUGGGGCUGCUUGCUGCAGACAUUGCACGUGCUGUUGAUAAGCCAGAGCUGCUAGAGCUCAUUACACAGCACCAACGCCGAGCAGCCCGGCAUGCUAGGGUCAGAACCCAUGAGAAUGCAGAAAGGUCAAACGGCGCUGAGCGCAGAGCCUCCUCUGUGUCUGCUCGUGUCAGCUCUCAGUUGCCCCAUCCGGGCAACCGUAACAGAAGCAGCCUGUCUGUCGGAGCACGUGAUCGACGCCUCGACUCCACUGUGGCCACGCCAGCCAUCCGCCAAGCGGAUUUUGUGCCACGUGGCAGUACGCAUAGUACGCCUUCAGCUCGUUUGCCUCGGCCUCCACCGGGAACUGCGCCGGGCCCGGUGCCGCGGGCAAGUGCUAGAUCUGCUCCAAGAUCAGCAACUCGCAGCCCGCCAAGUCACCCCGAACGCGAUGAGGCUCCUCACAUGUCGCGGAAUCCGAGGAGCCACGCGCCACGUCCACAGGAGCCCCUGCGAUGUGCGGGUCAAUUGAUGCUUGGGCCAGUUGGGAUGGUCGGCAACAACUGGACACAGCAGCAAAGGGCCGGACAGAGACACCGCUGGGGGGAAUAG